UUGUCAAAGAACGCGCGGAAGAGACUGGCCAAAGCACAGAAAUGGGAAGAAGGACGUGAAUGGCGCAAAUCCAUGAGAAAGCAAAAAUCGGUAGAGCGGCGAGAGAAGAAACGAGCUGAGAAGAAGGAUGAAGUGGCACGGCUCGCUGCUGAAGGGCUUGAGCCGCCCAAACCUACGUUCAUCAAGCCGGUUCAAGUGCCUAUUACAAUCAUUUUCGAUUGCGACUUUGAUAAUUUGAUGCUGGACAAGGAGAUUAUUUCUCUAGGAUCACAGAUUACGCGGGCGUAUUCGGACAAUAAGAAUUCAAAGUUCAGAGCAAAUAUGGUCUUUAGUUCAUUUGGCGGCAAGUUGAAGGAAAGAUUCGAAGGCCCGCUGGCAGGUCAUUACAAGUCGUGGAAGGGGACACAUUUUACGGAAGAAGACUUUGUUGCUGCGUCCGAGGAGGCCAAAAACAGGAUGAAGAACAACAAGGGAGAAGUUAUCUAUUUGUCUAGUGACAGCGACACUACUUUGACGGAACUAAAGCCGUACAGCACAUAUAUUAUUGGUGGAUUGGUCGACAAGAACAGACACAAAGGCAUUUGCCAUAAACGUGCAGUCGAACGCGGCAUCAAGACUGCCAAGCUUCCGAUUGGAGAGUACCUGCAAAUGGCGAGCCGUUUCGUCUUGGCUACAAACCACGUGUCGGAGAUCAUGGUUCGCUGGCUAGAGCUAGGAGAUUGGGGUGAAGCAUUUAUAUCAGUACUGCCCAAACGCAAA